GGUACACGUAAGGUCAAAACCAUGAGUAACAGCACUGUCGCCACUCCUCGGAAUGUCAACAAUAACCAGCCAACCACAAUGCUUGACAUGCUACUGAAGUCUCUUCUCCUGAACCCAAAGUUCCUAGAGCGAGAGGAUAAGAACUGGCCAGCAGUCGCGAAGCGGUUCUCUGGCAUCAGUGCUACACAGUGUGCUCGGCGAUUCCAAGAACUGCAGAAAGAACAACUAAAUUUAACUCCAUCUGUAGAGAAAAUAGCCAAACGUCUAAAUGAGAGUAGAGGUCCUGAUUUGGAAGCCAGAUUGAAAAGUCCUUCCGAAGACCAGCAUCCUAGUGGUCCCAGUUCAAGCAAACAAAAAGAAGGUAGCAGGCCAAGUAGCAAGGGAUCAGUAGAAGAUUCACAUAAGCAAUCUGACAGCAACUACUAUGAUCAAAGUCCUGUCAUGGUGAUACAUGUCUGCGAUGAAGCUAAGAAUUUAAAACAAGACUUUCACUGCCAGAGAGACGUCCUGAUAAAAGAAAUGAAAUAUUUUGCGGAAUAUUUAUCAAACGAUUCUCAACGAUGGGAGGAAGUUGACAUCUCCGUCCAUUGUGAUGUUCAGAUAUUUGAUUGGCUGAUGAAAUAUGUGAAACGUCAUGAGAAAAAAGAUGGAACUCAAUCUUCAAAAUUAGAGGCAGGUAAUGUGAUCUCAAUUCUGAUAUCAUCUGACUUCCUGAAGAUGGACAGACUGGUUGAGGAGUGUAUAGUUUUCUGCCAUGAAAAUAUGUCUGCCAUUGUUGCUACCCCGUGUAAUAUGAACUGCAUCAAUGAUAAACUUGUCACAAGAAUAGCUGCACUGUUUACCCAUAAUGAAGCUGAUGAUGUCAAAGACCGAAAAGAUAAAUUCAAGAGUAAGCUGUUCAUGAAGAAAAUUGAGAAAUUAUUUGAUGAGAAUGCUACAGUGUCCGACUCCACUGAUAAAGCGACAAGUCUCUACAAGUGUAGUCUCUGCAAGAAACUUCUAACCAAUUCCCUGCAAUCCAAAGUGCAAUGUUCACAAAGCAGGAUGACAAUAGACAGACUCGGUCAAUUGAAAUACAGUCACAUUCCUGAUGCAUCUUGGGAUGUGAACGAUUUCCUGAUAGACCUGAAGAAUCAGCUUAAGUCUUGGAGAGAUGUCUAUUGGCGACUUUGGGGAACUAUUAAUUGUCUCACAUGUAUAAGAUGCAAAGAGACAUUUCCAUGCAGUGAGCUAGGGCACUGUCGCUACCACUCUGAGCCAGCUAAAUAUGACAAUAACCUGGGUAAAGGGGCACUUGGGGAACACUCUUGUUGUGGGCAGAAAACAAUGCGCUUUGACCCAACACAAAUAAAUAAGGGGUGUAAAGUUAGGGACCAUGUAAUAAGUGUGAACACAGAGAGUGAAGAAGAGAACCCAGUGAAGAUACCAUCAAUACAAAACCAAGUCUAUGAAGACUUACUCAGGCACAGGGAAACCAUAUGUGUUCCUUACCAAAAGUUUACUUUAAUGAGCAACAGUGAGCUUGAUGUAUUUGCUGAUGAGGAAAUAGCUCAUGGACUUCGGAAAUCUGAGAGUUUUACUAAAAAGUCUGACACAUCAGUUGAUGAAUCGUUGUCGCAGCAACCAAAGCUGGAGCCACUGAUUAAGCAGCACAUAUUGCCCCAUGGGGCAGUAGCUGAGCAAUGUAAGGCACCAGAGGUUACCCCGAGAGCAUCACCAAGGUCUAGAACUAUUUCAGUAGUAAUAGAACCAAAGGCAAUUCUUGUUGAGCCACCAACAUUUGGAGGUAACAAAGCAGAUAGAUGGGACAUCACCAGGUCAAUAAGGUGGAACCAGGACUCCCAAAGAGAAGAAGAUGACAGGCGAUUUAAAGAAAUUAUGACGUAUCUCACGAAAUUCCGAAUGUCCAUAAAUGGUGAUAAAAUGGAGAAAAACCGUUCCCGUGACUUCAUGGGAGGUCUUUACUCUAAAAUCGAGGCCCAAUGGAAGCAGGUCAACCUGGCACCCCUCAAACCAAAUAACCCAACUCAGAUCAGAUAUAAAGCCUGGAGGCCUAUGUAGUGUGUGG